AUAUUUUUGUGAGUGCUUGAUGGUUUAUUCUGAGAGACCCAAGAGAGAGUCCACUCCACCCACAUCAUCCCUUCUGUACUUCUUCCCUCUACUUUUUACUCUUAUUCUACUUCUAUUUAUUCAUUAUUAUUAUUAUUAGAAGAAGAAAAAGACCAAAUCGUUGCUGAACGGAAGAGCACAUAACAAGGCUGCCAAAUCCAGGUACAGGAUUCUCCCAGGGAGAAGUUUCGAGUGCGUAUCUUCAAGAUCAGAUCUUUAAGUGCUACAGGAUUUUGAGGUUUGUUGAGGCCCUUAGGAGAACCAAUCAAUCUAAAUUUGAAGAUCGUCCGAUGCUCCCAGCUCAAGUUCUUGAAGGAUCACCAAAAGUUUCAUUUUUCUUGCAACCAGCAUAAUUCUCAAUCUGGCUGGCAGAAUUUGUUCAGUUUUUGAUGGUUUGUUCUCUCAUAUAGGAUCUCCAUUCGAUCGAAAAUUCAAUUCCAUCUGAGUUGUGGUUUGUUUUAGAAUGGGGGAGCUGGAAGCUGAGAAACAUGUCCGAUACAUAUUAUCUGUUGAAAAGAAGAAGGAUGGUUUUGAAUCUUUGGUGAUAGAGCACCUAAGGAUGAAUGGUGCAUACUGGGGACUGACCACUCUUGAUCUUCUCGGGAAGCUUGGAGCUGUUGAUCAAGAUGAAGUUGUUUCAUGGGUCAUGAAGUGCCAAGACGAAUCUGGUGGCUUUGCUGGUAACAUUGGACAUGACCCCCACGUACUGUACACUUUGAGUGCCGUGCAAAUAUUGGCCCUUUUGAACAAGCUAGAUGUUCUCGACAUUGAUAAGGUGUCAAACUAUGUAGCUGGGUUGCAGAAUGAAGAUGGAUCCUUUUCGGGAGACAUGUGGGGGGAAGUGGACACCAGAUUCUCUUAUAUUGCAAUAUGUUGUCUCUCAAUAUUGCGUCAUUUGGAGAAAAUCAAUGUGGAGAAGGCUGUGGACUAUGUUGUGAGCUGCAAAAAUUUGGAUGGUGGAUUUGGAAGUACACCUGGUGGGGAGUCUCAUGCUGGGCAAAUCUUCUGCUGUGUGGGUGCCCUUGCAAUAACAGGUUCUUUGCACCACAUCGACAAAGACCUCCUUGGCUGGUGGUUAUGUGAGCGGCAAGUUAAAACUGGAGGUCUAAAUGGACGGCCUGAGAAGCUUCCAGAUGUUUGCUACUCAUGGUGGGUUCUUUCUAGCCUGGUCAUGAUUGACCGAGUACAUUGGAUAGACAAAGAAAAGCUUGCAAGAUUCAUAUUAGACUGUCAGGACAGAGAAAAUGGAGGAAUUUCAGAUAGACCAGAUGACGCUGUUGACGUUUUUCAUACAUAUUUUGGGGUUGCUGGACUCUCACUUCUGGAAUAUCCAGGGUUGAAAGCCAUAGAUCCAGCUUACGCUUUGCCUGUCGAUGUUGUGAAUAGGAUUUUCUUCAGGAAGUGAGGAUGUCUCACGUAAACUAUAUUUGAAACAUUUUAUGUACCUGCUGAGAGGCUUCUGACAAAGAAUUAGCAAGCCGUUUCGAUGAAUUACAAGCUGACUUCGAAAUAGAGCUGAUGGUAAAAACAUCUUUCCGCUAAUCUUAAUGGGCUUGAGAGCACAUAAUCUCCUGAUGUGAAUGAACCAUUGCCAAUUGAAUCACACCCUAAAGUUGCUUCAAGUACAAAUUGCUCUCUAUGAACCACCAUUCUUUGUUUGUGAUUAUUUAAAACACAAGGAAAACAUGCAAUACAUAGUGACUCGUCUAUAGCCCUAAAUUUGGCGUGUGCCCAAGACGUAUUUUAUUCUUUCCAUUCAGUGAUCUAAGAUUUGCUUAGUUAACAUGCCCAUGUGGCAAAAAAUUGUAAUAUGGAAAACUUCCCCACCCCAAUCUCUUAGAAGAUCUAUAUGGUCGAUUGCAUCCUCUUAUCUUUGGAUACAGUUUGAGCUA